AUGUCGUACCAGCAGCAAGGCUACUACGGAGCCCCCCCUCCUCAGGGCGGCUACCCUCCCCCUGAGGGCUACCAGCAGGGCUACCCUCCUCCCGGCCAGCCCAUGUAUUACCCCCCUCAGGGCCACGCUCCCCCGCCACCUCCUCCCCAGCAGGAGGAGAAGAGCCACGGCUGCCUCUACACCUGGUAA